GGAAAAAAACAGUCAACUGCUUUUCUAGCUUCUUCUUCUUCUUUGUUGAACCCCCUCCCUCCCUCUCGGCUUCAAAUAUUUUUCCCGCUUAGGGAAGUAAUAAUUUUCUACCAAAGAAGAGAUACAGAAUGAACAGUACAUCAUCAGCAAAUUCAUCAGUAUCAACAGCAGCAAUUAUUGGAGGUGGAGGAGGAAGUGUUAACAAUGUUGUUUUGGAUGAUUUUCAUUUCCCUUCUGAUUUAAUCUCCAUUCAAGACCGCAAAGAUGAGGCCAUGCUUGCGUUAAAAACUGAUCUGAUGGCUGCACUCAACAAGGAGGUUAAAUCAUUGGAUGACGAUAACUGGAAGUUUGAAGUACCUCGUUCUCAUAUCAACCUCAUGUCAAGGCCAGGUGAAAAACUAAGCAAGAAGCUGGAAAUAGCAACGCAUAAAAACCUGGCCUUGCCGAAAUGACAUGUGAUUCCGUGGGCAGGCUGCAUCUUGCAUUGAUUGACUUUUGCAACCAAACUCGAUGCGGCUUCUAAAACACAAACCUUGGACUUGAGGUGGAAAAGGGUUUUGGAUGAUAGGCCUUGCUUGCCUUAAUUUGAAGAGGAUGAAAUCGGUUGCGCAGGUGAAAAUGAAGGUCUUUCUGGGAUGUGAGAUUUCCGCAGGUAGUAUUGGCUUACCCGCUUGCUUCCUUACUGUUCACGUGAAUGGAGCCACGCUUUAUUAUUCACAUUAUUCACGUGAAUAAUAGAAUAUGAUUACACUGUUUAUAAAAUUUCUUUACACAGAAAGCGACAAGUUACUUUUUGUGAUUUUGAUAAACCUACGGCAGAGCUGAUGGA